UUAGACGAUACACCAAACCAACGAGUCCGAGAGCGAAGCGAAGGAAACGACGAGCCGACACUCCCCCGCUUCCUCUCCCUCCCUCGAGUCGGUGAUGCCAAACUCUUCGACGUCGUUUCUUGUUGUGACAGCGGGGCUUUCUCUUGACCUGUUCGUUCACCUGCCCUCCCCCUUCGUCUUUCGGUCCUCGCGACCGGUCGUUCGGUGUGGUGGGUGGGGGUUUCGGUCGGAGGAUGGAGAGGGCCGCGCCGGAAAGCUUGGCCAACUCGCGCGGCGUCGUUCGCGUGCAGGCCCCCCCGGUUGAUUCUGUGUCAUGCUAUUGUAAAGUAGAUUCUGGCCUGAAAACAAUUAUAGGGGCCAGAAAAUUUGUUCCUGGAGCGAAGUUAUGUCUUCAACCUGAAAUUAUGCCAAAUGGACCAAGAUCAAGAAACUCACGCAGGGAGAGGAGCAGAAACCAGGAACCUCUAGUGCCUGGCCUUCCUGAUGAUCUUGCUAUUGCUUGUCUGGUUCGGGUUCCCCGAGUUGAUCACCAAAACCUUCGAUUUGUAUGCAAGAGAUGGAACCGGCUUCUGUCUGGAAAUUACUUCUAUUCCCUCAGAAAAAAACUUGGAAUGGCAGAGGAAUGGGUGUAUGUCAUCAAAAGAGACCGUAGUAGAAGGAUAUCCUGGCAUGCAUUUGAUCCAAUCCAUCAGCUCUGGAGGCCACUUCCACCUGUUCCCACAGAUUAUUCUGAAGCAGUUGGCUUUGGUUGUGCUGUUCUUAGUGGUUGUUACCUCUACUUAUUUGGAGGUAAAGAUCCAUCAAAUGGUUCGAUGAGGCAUGUUGUCUUCUACAAUGCUCGGACAAACAAAUGGCACAGAGCUCCAGAUAUGAUUCGGAAGCGCCAUUUCUUUGGCUCAUGUGUUAUAAAUAAUUGCCUUUACGUUGCUGGUGGGAAAUGUGAAGGUGGCCAAAGAACUCUUCAUUCAGCUGAAGUUUAUGAUCCUAGCAGGAAUAGAUGGACAUCCAUCGCUGAAAUGAACACCGGGAUGGUGCCUUUCUUUGGGGUUGUUUACGAUGGUAAAUGGUUUCUGAAAGGGCUCAAUUCUCAGUGUCAGCUUGUGAGCCAAGUCUACAUACCCACUGCCAACACAUGGUCCACAGCGAAUAGUCGAAUAAUUACAGGAUGGCAUAUUCCCAGCAUUUUAUUGAAUGGAAGGCUAUAUGCUUCAGAUUGCAGGGAUGGCUGUAAGCUUAGGGUAUUUGAAAGAACUACAGAUUCAUGGAACAAGUUCAUGGACAGCAAACAUCAUCUUGGAAAUUCUCAGGUCUUUGAGGCUGCAUCAUUUGUUUCUCUUAAUGGGAAGCUCGGCAUCAUCCGAAACAACAUGAGCAUUAGUCUUGUUGAUGUCACAGAUCCAGGAAAUAGCGUAGAGACAAAUAGUGCCCGUGCGUGGGAGUCUGUUGUCGGGAAAGGCAAACUCAAGAACAUCGUAACAAGCUUAUGGUCAUCUAUUGCAGGUCGUAGCAACUUCAAGGGUCGAAUUGUUCACUGUCAGGUGCUGCAAGCUUGAGAGCUCUCGAUCAGUCCUUGUAGUUUUAGCUGAUGACUAAAGGAACUUGACAUCUUGACCGAGCAAAUCUGCAGCAAAGCUCCUGCGAGUCGUCAGAAAUUUUACAGACAUGGAAUUUAGCUAUUGGAAGCAAACGAGAAAGGGCAAUGCAGGCUUCAAUUGCUUGUUCUUGAGGUCAUCAAGAUGUUCCAAAAAAGGAGCUAGUUUUAGCCUUGUAAAAUCGUGAUGGAGAAACUGCGGUAAGAGCUAAAAGGGUGUUCUUUCAUAUUAUUGACAAUGUGAAAUACAUGUUUUUUAGAUUCGAGAGAUACCAUAUAUUUCUUUUUGUAUCUGAUGAAAAUAUCAUCAGACACCAACUAAGUAGCUAUGCAAGUCAUGCAAGCAAUUUACAAGUCACCUACCAAUUUAUAUGAAUAAUAACUAG